CGAAACCCUUUUACCCACUUGUUCGAGACGACGAUCUACCCGCGAUUUUAUUGGAUGAGGUACGUGGGUCAUAGCGUUGCCCAUCGAAGUUGUAGACGGGGUGGCGAAAAAUAAUUCCGCGGGCGUAAAUGGACGGUUCUGUUGGACUCCGGUUGGGUAGUCUUGGCGGCAUCAACGGUUCACACCGGUUCAUCUUUUAUGGUUCGGCCGCGAAUGCGUGCGGCGAUUGACUACUCCUUGAAGGAGAUAUCUUCCACAUCGAAUCGACAUCUAGAUCGAUUUAGGUGAUGCCACCUCUGCUGUCGCGUUUGAAGAGAUUAAGGCAAGCCGCAACAUCCGACGGUGGGCUGCGGCCGCGCACGCGGGACGUGGUCGCAAUCUACUCCGCUUUUCCCUAUUCCGCUGGCGACCCGCAUCCUGUGUCGCGCUCCGCCGACCCUGAAAUGGCACUGCCCCGCCGAGCACGUCGCCUCCUUUCCCCCGCAACAGUAAGCCGCACACGGGUCCACCCUGCAAAACAUGUGGGCCGCAGCUGCUUCGCCCCCGUUACCUCCUUUAUAAACCUCACAAGUCGGCGACACCCGCACCGGCUUCCGCAGACAACAGCUCGUUGUCUUCCAGCUUCCGCCAAUUCCACCAUCUCAACAAGACAACCUGUCGUUGUCUUCUGCUUGCUAUCUGCGGGCCCAUGAAUGCUUGGUCCGACCUCCCGAUGGAGCUUCUCGGCUCCAUCCUCGAACGCCUCCCCGUUGCAGACCGAAUCCGCUUCGCCGCCGUCUGCUCCUCUUGGCGCUCCGCCUCCGGCGCCCCCCUCGGCUGCCCGCCCCCGCCACAGUCCCCCUGGCUCAUGCUCCCCUUCAACCCCACCUGCACUCCCACCGGCUCCGCCGCCGCCUUCUUCAGCAUCGCUGACCGCAAGGCCUACAGGCUCCCCCUCCCCGACCCGCCCGUUUCCGACCGCCUCGUCGUCGGCUCCUCCCACGGUUGGCUCGUCACCGCCGACGCAGACUCCGAGCUCCAGCUCCUGAACCCAUUGAUGGGAGAGCAAGUCCGGCUCCCUUCCAUCACCACCUUCCCCUUCGUCGACGCCGUCCGUGACGAGCGCGGCCGUGUCACCCGCUACUCACUCUGCUUCGGGGACGACAUCCCGCCCGAGCCGUUCGAGCCGGACAGGCUGAGGUACUUCUUCUACGAGAAAGCCGUCCUCUCCUCACCUCCGUCUCGCUCCUCUUGCUCCUCUUCUUGGGGAGGCUACACCGUGAUGCUAAUUCACAACCCCCUGUUCGGGCUGGCCUUUGCGAGGGCCGGCGACGAGUCGUGGACGCUCAUCGACACCCCGUCGCUAUACUGGGUAGACGCCAUCUGUUCUUCCAGCGGGCAGUUCCUGACGCUGGAGUCCAUGGGCAGGGUCGAGACUUGGGAGCUGGACGGCGGACCCCUCCCCGCUUCCACCCUGGUCGCCCCCAGGUUGGGCAUCUACGACUGCUCCAAGUACCUGGUGGAGCUGCCGCGGGGGCAGCUGUUGCAGGUCUACCGAUGGAAGGACCCGGUGCAGUCCAAUUGCAAGUGGGAGCCUCGCCCGCUCUACGUGGAGUGCGUCACUACCAGGGUGAAGGUGUUCAGGUUGAAGGUAGACGAUGUCAAGGGAUGCGUCUGGGUUGAGAACGAGGGCGAGAAUUUGCAGGAAUUCGCGUUGUUCUUGGGGAAGAACAGCUCGAUGUGCGUCAAGGUGAGGGAGUGCCCUGAGCUGAGAGGGAACUGCAUCUAUCUCACGGAUGAUGGCUCGUGGUCGUAUGAGAAGUGCCAUGAAGUGCUUCCAGAUGUGGGGGUGUUCGACCUGAAGGAGAAGAGCCUCAAGCCCUGUGGUGGCUAUAAUUUCCAGUGGAUAUGGCCUCCUCCCGCUUGGAUAAUUCCCACUGUGACCUAAAAAGAACAUGAUUAAGUAGUACCUUUAUAUUUCUUUCUUAUGCAAUUGGAAGUGUGACUGCAAGUUCAAGUGCAAUUGGAAGGAUUCCAAAAUCAUGUUCUGGUUGUUGAUCUUCAUCGCCGAGAACAUGUCGACAGUCCCUGUAUCUUCUGCACCGGGCUGGUCGACCGACGUUGUGUCGCCGGUGAGGCAAUGUAGAUCAUGAGUCAAAUACUCCAUACCGUUCCUUACACAUCAAGCUUUAGCUGAAUACAAUGUGGGAUCAUUGUAACCAAUCAUAGUAGCAAUAAGAUACAGGUGUUUUGACCUCUA